GGUUUAGAAUUUCAGUCCAGCUUCGGAUGGCCGCGAAGCGCUUUGUUAGCUCAUCAAUUGUUUACGAACACGAUUUUUUUUCUUUUAUUUCCUCCGCGUGUAUUACAAUACGAAAUUUCUUAGACGUUAUUGUAAUUCAAUUCUUAAUGUAACGAAUAUAUGUAAUUAAGCCAUCUAACUAUAUCAAGUUACCGCAUAAAUAUUGUGAUUAAUAAGUCAAAAGUGGACUUUUUUUUUGUUGAGAAAACAGUGCAAAAUCUUUAGUGUGUGCGUUUUUAUUUUUAUUUUAGUGUUUAUCGAGUUUUUUUUUUAUAUAUAUGAAACUUCGGUAACAAAAUCAUGGAUAACGUCAACAACAAAAAAAUAAAAAUAUCAAACAAUAAGUGCCGAUCGAAAAAGAAACUCUAAACGCAAAACAAUGACGCAUACAAACUGUUUCCCGCCAAUAGAACUGUCACAGUGACAUUGACGUGUGUUGUGCGUGAGUUCGCGGUAUGUUGUCGAAAGCAUGGUGACACUGAUGCCGUGUGGGUACCUCGGCGGCACGUCGCCGCGAUGCAGCUUGGACCACGCCGAGCCGAAGGCGAAAAGACCAAGACCCGAUCCAGGCACUGAUGUUUCAGAUCGAAUAUCAAGCGAAGUCAAUCCAAGUCCUUGCGAGUCUGAGUCGACUUCAAAUUCCCCGCCAUCUCUACUGCAAGAUGCUACGCUACCCGCGCUUUUAGUCUCUGGAACGUCGACGUUGUUCCAAACCACGGCGACACCAAACACGUCCAAUACCGUCGACAGCUUAUGCUUGCCUGGUACUUCGGAAGUCGAUAGCUGCGGAAUAGUCAACGGAUGCGCAACAACUACAACUUUAGGCGGUCUCGCGCUGCCUUUGACGUCAUCGGGCGGUCUGUGUGCCACCUCCUCGUCCUCCGCGGUCGCCUGGUUAAUGAAUGACGACAGCACCGGUGGCGUAAAAAGCGAGGUGCGGAGUCCGGGGCUUUGCGAGGCAGACGUGGCGCUGUACGGGGAAACGCUUCCAUACGACCAGACCGCGCUGCCGUACCAAUACUACAAUAGUAUGCAGCAGUAUGGUAGCGGCAGCGCGGCUUCGUCGUACGUCAGCUCUGGUCUUUACAACCAGCCUUACGCUGCAUAUCCUCCACCGCACAACACGAACAACAGAUCGUCAUGCAAAGCGACGCCUACAUACCUCAGUGCGUACGGGAUGAGUGGAGUGGGAAGUGUGCCCGCCACAGGAUUCGGCACUCAACCCUCGCCGUACGCAUACUCUUCAUACAACGGAGGACUAUCGCAAACCUUCACUCCUACACAACAAGAUUAUAGUAAUUAUGCAGCCGGCUACGCGGAACACAAUGUUGCUCAGUACAGUGGCUAUUACGCAGCACCCAGCUAUUCACCUUAUGUCAGUUCGCCAAGCAGUAGUGGGAGCGCCGGUCACACUUCAUACCAUCUCGGAGGAGCAUUGUCAGAUUCACCAUCAUCAAUGUUGCCAUCAAUUAAUGAUACGAGUCCAUUAUCUCCGAUUAAAGCUGAAGUACACGCGGCCAGCAGAAGAUGUAGAGAGAAUUCUGGGGAAAGCACAGCUAGUAGGUCUCGAGGUCGAGGACGCAGGAACACCUCAUCAUCGCCAGCCCAGCACGUCCCAGAGCCAGCCACAGACAGAGUCUUCAUAUGGGAUUUGGACGAGACUAUAAUUAUAUUCCAUUCGUUGCUCACUGGAACUUAUGCUACUAAGUACAAUAAGGAUACGCAACAGAUAGUGCAAUUAGGAUUUAGGAUGGAAGAAAUGAUAUUCAGCUUGGCUGAUACACAUUUCUUUUUCAAUGAUGUUGAGGAUUGCGACCAGGAGCACAUAGACGCGGUAUCGGCCGAUGAUAAUGGCCAGGAUCUCUCUGCGUACAACUUCACAACGGAUGGGUUUCAUGCGGGCGCGGCGGGAGGCGCUCUGUGUGCGCCUGGGGUGCGAGGCGGAGUCGACUGGAUGAGGAAACUAGCCUUCCGGUACAGGAAGAUCAAAGACACCUACAAUAAUUACAGGAAUAGUGUUGGAGGGCUCCUAGGGCCAGCGAAGAGAGAACAGUGGUUACAGUUGAGAGCAGAACUUGAACAGGCCACGGAUAACUGGUUAACAUUAGCCUGCAAGUGUCUGAAUAUGAUUAAUUCUCGAGAGAACUGCGUGAAUGUUUUAGUGACGACGACUCAGCUCGUCCCGGCUUUGGCUAAAGUCCUGCUCUUCGGUUUAGGGGGCGUGUUUCCUAUCGAAAAUAUAUACUCCGCCACGAAAACGGGUAAGGAGACUUGCUUUGAGAAAAUUAAGCAGCGCUUCGGCGAGCGGUGCACGUACGUCGUCAUAGGGGACGGCCAGGACGAGGAGGCCGCCGCCAAGGCCAAGAACUACCCUUUCUGGAGGGUGUCGAGCCACUCCGACAUCGCGGCGCUGUACAACGCGCUCGACAUGGGCUUCUUAUGAUCUGCUGCUGCCCUGGUACCCGAUACCUCCAAUUUCACGCAACGAAAAACAACGGAACGUGUCAGCUCUUACGGCUCAUGUACUCCUGGUACAUAGAUAAUUGUGUUUUAUGUGUCGUCAAUUGAAAUGUCCUUUGUUUUGCGUUUUUAUACCCGAUUUAUACCGGAUAUAUAUAUUUUAUACCGGAACCGAAACUUCUUUUGCGAUGCGUAUUAAUGUGGUUUUCACACCAAGUUUCACCAAGUUGCACGCGCACCAUUUUUUUAAUUCGAAACAAAUCAAUUAUAGUUGUCCGAAAUUUGGCGUCUAAAAAUAAGAUUUAAAAAAAAAACUUAAGAGAUUUAUCAACUCUUAAGAUUUAUGUAGUCCCGGUACACAAAUGUUCGCGUUUUAUAUUACAUUGUAUCAACGUGUCGAUUCUAUUGCUAUCCUGGUAUUCGCAACAGUUUUUGAGCAUAUUUAUGGAAGUACCAAACUUUGAAUCUGCAUUUUUUUCUCUUGAAGAUUUUAAGAGGUAUCCCGGUAACGAGACCUUUAAGCCAAAUCUAAUAUUCUGUUAAGUGAAACGUAAUGUGAUGAAAUUGAUUUAAUUCGGGAUUUUAAUCAAUCAAAUGAAAAUCAAAUUAAACUAGAUAAUGAUAUAGUAGUUGGUUAUUUACUGAUACUUUUUCUCUUGAGUUUUUGGAAGAAAUCGAGAAGCUCCGUUCAACGGCUUUGUUUCAUUUUCCUAUAUUCGUGCACUUCCACAGAUCCUAAACAGUUAAUAAACCACCGUUAUUACACAUAUAAAUCUGAAUAAACUCUAAAUUAACAAAUAAAAAUAAUUUACACAACUUCGCUAAUCGCGUUCCCGCCAAAUCCUAUAAAAUCUGCUAAGAAACAUUAAAAUACAGGUAACCCUCAUAUGAAAACGGUAAAUACGUUCUUAAAAAUGAAACUAGAUAUGAAACUAGAAGCCAAUACAAAAAAAAAGAUUUUUUUCUUUGAAUGAAACACCUCAACUAUGAAUGAAUGAAUGAUUUAUUUUAUUUCAGACAACAACAAGCCAAUGUGUACAUAUAGCAUCAUUGAAACAUACUUAAAAUUAGCAAAACAAAUCAAAUAAAAAAUACAUUAAUAAAAAUAAUUAUCAGUUGAAUACAUUUAAAAUAUUCCAUUCAACUGCUUUUAUUUUUAUUUAGUCCGCAAGUGAACCAUGGUACAAUGGUUCAUAUAUAUGGAAUGUAUUUUUUUACCUUUAUACAUAAAAAAGCUGUAAAUUUUAGGUUAUUCCCAUAUAUUGUGAGUUCAUAGUGCAUAAUGUAAUUUUCAAAAUAAAUUUAACAAAAAUCUUUUUAUUGUGUUAUAAAAGGGUUUUGGGAUUUUUUUUUCGUGUUAGAAUGGAAUCGUGUUGUAAAAUACCGUGUUAUACAUAAGAGGGUUACCUGUAGAUAAAAACUCUUUGUGGCUAUGAAGUCCUGGUACCCGAACGAUUUUAUUCUAAAUUUAAAUACUAACUAACCUUUUUUGAGUACGGUUAAAACGAAACAACGAAACAAUUCAAACUCCAAGCUAUUUAUGCGGUCCUGGUAGAUCAAUACCAACAAAACCGUGUCAUAUUUCGUGAAAAUUUAACUUAUAAAUGCUCAAAUCUUUUUUGGGACCUCCAUAUUGACCCACUCGAGCCCGCCCGACACACAGCAAUGUGAAUUUAGCUUUGAGACGCGAGGUUCAAACCUCAACUGCUCGGUAGAAACUCAACUAUGUACAAACCAAACCUAAAUACAUAUAAAUCUCGUUUAACCCCUUAUUUUUUUAUUUAAAAGUUUGAUAAAUAAGUACAUUUCAAUACAAUUAUUUAAUCAUUUAACGAAUUUUCUAUACACACAUAUAUUUAUAUUUAGUUUUAAAGCUCAAAGUCAGCUCAAAAAAACUAAAAACAAAAAAACAAAAACAAAAAAAAGUCAAUUUUUUUUUUUGUAAAUAUUUUACAUGAACAAAACUGUAGAUACAUUUUAUAAGGAAAAUUCAUUCCUAAUAUUUAAGAAUUUAUUAUCUUUUAAUAUGCAAUUUACUGUUAUUUUAAUGGAAACGAAUCAAGUCAGGUCUUAAGACUAGGAGCGAUUUAGAAGUGAGAUUGAGGCUUUUGAUGAGCCGCUUGUAACAAAGUCUAGGGACGGUACAACUUUAUACAGGGUGUUUGGAAAACGUUCUCGAAAACUAUGGAGGGUGGAAAUAAGGAGCACCAUUUUAGGGUAUUAAGAAGUAUUUGCAGAAAGAGAGAAAAUGAAGUUGGCGCCACGGUAGCAUGUGGAAGGAUUUUAAAAACAGCGCCAUAAGUUGUUCGAGACGGGUUUUAAUUAUGAAGGAAAGAAACAUUUCCUACGUUAAUAGUAAUCUAUAUAUUAAUACGUGAAGCAAAAACUUUGUAUCCCUUUUUACGAAAAUUGCGCGGACGGAGAAGUAUGAAAUUUUCCACACUUAUAGAGAAUAUAGAGAAGAAGUGCACAAUGCUAAUAUUUUUUUUUAAAUAAUGCAUAAAAGAUACAUUAAAUCAAUAAGGAAAACAUUACACACACUACAUACCAUGUAUUUGACGCACACACGCAUGCAUACUAUUUACUGUCAAACUUUUGUUCUUGACGUCUGUGGUCAAACUGAGAAUAGAUUAAAUAUUAUUUGUCUUUAUUAAUAUUUUUCUAUAGUGUUGUAGUCUUGGCGUUGAAAAUAAAAUCAUAAUAGUGUACAAACUUACAAUUCCAAUUAAUUAUAGUCGAAUUUCGACUACUGCGGGACCUCUAGUAAAAAUAAAUACAUUAUUGAGAUUUUAAUACUGCAUAUUUUUGAACUACACAAGUCACGAAAAAUAUAACAUUUUUUCUUUAAAUCCAGCACAUAUCCCUCUGCUUAAAACUGGUAUAUUCAUAUAAUUUCCACUUCCUUACACUAAUAGCGCUAUUUCGGUGAGUCUCCGAACAAUGAGUUGCUCUAUUUACAGGUGGACACUUUUUCAACUUGUCCCUUAUACAUGAUGGUACUCCUUUCUUCUACCACUCAUAUUCAAAGCAAAAACCUAAAAUAAAUAAAUAAGUUUAGCGGUGCCAUCAGAAUUCGUCACUUUAUAUCGAAUAUAUUAUUAUUUUGCUACUAUCAACUGUAGUCGUGAUGCAAUUGGGUAAUGUAAUUAAUAAAAAUAAAAAAAAACAAGGUUUUUUCACCUCGUGAUCUAUAGGACGUGUUUUCUUAUCUUCCUUUUCGAGAACGUUUCAAAAUACACUUGGUAAGUUUUACAUUAGUACGUGCAGUCUAUUUUUGUUUUAAAAAACAACAAAUUAUUUUAUUACAAUUAUUUUCAACGUUACAUUAAUGAGAAACAUAAAAAAAAAAUCUCAUUCUAGUUUUAAAUUAGCACAAGUGUUUUUUUUUUUUAUUUACUUUAUGUGUAUACUAUUCAAAUUUUAUUUAGUACGAUUCUCUUUUGUGUCAAAUGUGUAUGAUGAUCGCGUUAAGGAAUUAUUCUUUAUAAAUCGAAGGUCAAAUCGGCAAAUUGUAACGUGGAUAUUAUCAAAAUUCCAAAGCCAUUGUUACAUGCCUACAUGUUACGUAUGAUUAUGGACUUAAAUUUUUUUAUCAUUGAUUUUAUAAGAACAUUGUACAACAUUUAAAUGUAUACAUAGUAUAUUGAACAUAAUCAGAUAUAAGUUGAAUUUAUUUGUAAGAAAACUCAAUCCUUCAACAGAAAAAAGCUAUUUAAUUACAAUCGAAAUAUCAUACAAAAUUUUGUAUGAAACUAGCAAUAUAGGUAUUAUUAAUAAAUAAAUUAAACUUAGAAAAAUAUUGUAAAUACGAACAUAAAUAUAUAUAUAUAUAUAAUUUUUAGUAUUAUUGUAGCUUAUAAUAUUAUUAUAAAUAUUCCUAGUUCAAAAACUAUGAUACAAUUCAUAAUGUAAAUAAAAUAUAUUAUUUGAAAAUGA